GGAGCUCUCCUCAGUUCUGAGCUGCAAAGGAGGAAGGAAGGGGCCUGGCGGAGCCAGCAAGCCCGAGACCCCGGUGGGCUUGACGAUAGAGAGUAGAAAUAGGCACCAUCCUGACAAGCUUUUCCUGAAGAAGCCAAGGUCGUCCUUCUUGUCCUAUUCAUCCUCUCUCCUCUGCCUUGAAGGCACUCUGACCCUGUGCCUUGACCUCAACCUCCUUCCCAAAUUCCACGGAGGAGUGACCCACUUCUGGGUCUGGAUUCUUCAAGCCACCGACUUCCAGCCCAGGGCACACAGCACCUACAUCAUGGUGAAGUUACUGCCAGCCCAGGAGGCAGCCAAGAUCUACCACACCAAUUAUGUGCGGAACGCGAGGGCCGUGGGUGUGAUGUGGGGCACUCUUACCAUCUGUUUCUCAGUGCUGGUCAUGGCCCUCUUCAUCCAGCCUUACUGGAUCGGUGACAGUGUCAAUACGCCUCAGGCUGGCUACUUUGGCCUGUUCUCCUAUUGUGUGGGCAACGUGCUGUCUUCUGAACUCAUCUGUAAGGGUGGCCCUCUGGACUUCUCCUCCAUCCCCUCCAGGGCCUUUAAGACUGCCAUGUUCUUUGUGGCCUUGGCCAUGUUCCUCAUCAUUGGUUCCAUUAUCUGCUUCAGUCUGUUCUUCGUCUGCAACACAGCCACUGUCUACAAGGUCUGCGCUUGGAUGCAACUGGCUGCGGCUACAGGUUUGAUGAUUGGCUGCUUGGUCUACCCAGACGGUUGGGACUCCAGUGAGGUGCGACGCAUGUGUGGGGAGCAGACCGGGAAGUACACACUGGGCCACUGUACCAUCCGCUGGGCUUUCAUGCUGGCUAUCCUCAGCAUCGGAGAUGCUCUCAUCCUCUCCUUCCUGGGCUUCGUGCUGGGCUACCGGCAAGACAAGCUCCUCCCUGAUGACUACAAGGCAGAUGGAAAAGGCUACUCAUUUCCCUGGCAGCAGAAAAAUGAAUUCUUAAAAAUGAUAACUUGCUCCUCUCAAGUUUCCCUGUUCCUGACUACUAUUGGUCUCAUGUCCUGAAGCUCUUUAUCUACGAUCGGAACCUGACAAUCUCUGGAGACAAGACCUACAGUGUACAGAAAACCCAAGGAAAGCAGAAUGUAGUGACUUACAUCAGACACUCAGAGAAGCCCAGGAGAUACCCACUUGACUGGAGAUCAGAUUCUUUGAAUUUCAUCACACCAGAAAAAUCACCUUAUCCUUUCAGAGCUUCUGUAAAGUGAGAUGAGUGAAUGAAAUCU